GGCAGGUGACGUAGUGCUCCUGCUGCAACUAUCCCGCCAGGCCUCACCACUCUUAUUAUCUCCCUUCAUUCAAUGCACUUGUGAUUGUGGCAUGAUCUUCUUUUCUCCUCUCAAUCAGCUUUACCAAGUGGGUAUUUAUUUCCCUGCUUCCACGUGCGGUCAAAUUUAUCUACCUAAUACUUAGAAACCCUGAGACGGACGGACCCUGGAACUUCAUAGAUUUGUUUACCGAUUGAUCGAUCACCGAUCAGCUCACCAUGCCGGGCGAAAUCAUCGAUAGGCCAAAUCCCAAGGCUGAGCCAUCGCAUAUCCCAGAUCUUGUUGAACAACUGCAGGUCAAGCUCCAGGAAACAACCUUAGGGGAGGCUGGCUACAAUGGCCUGCUGAAGUUCCGUCGUGCAGCGGCGUACAUCGCUGCUGCGAUGAUUUUCCUCCAGGAUAAUGUGUUGCUGAAGCAGGAUUUGAAACACGACGACAUCAAGCCCAGGCUUCUAGGUCACUGGGGCACAUGUCCCGGGCUGAUCCUCGUAUACUCCCAUCUGAACUACCUCAUCAGGAAGCAUAACCUAGACAUGCUCUAUGUUGUCGGCCCAGGACACGGUGCACCAGCCAUGCUGGCUGCCUUGUGGCUCGAGGGCUCAUUAGAGAAAUUCUAUCCCAAAUACUCUCGAGAUAAAAAUGGCCUGCAUGAACUUAUCUCAACUUUCAGUACAAGCGCUGGACUACCAAGCCAUAUCAAUGCGGAAACCCCAGGUGCAAUCCAUGAAGGUGGUGAACUAGGCUAUGCGUUGGCCGUCUCCUUUGGUGCUGUUAUGGACAACCCGGAUUUGAUUGUUACUUGCGUGGUUGGUGAUGGAGAAGCAGAGACUGGCCCUACCGCGACAUCCUGGCAUGCAAUCAAGUACAUCGACCCUGCUGAAUCAGGUGCCGUCCUUCCGAUUCUCCAUGUCAACGGAUUCAAGAUUAGCGAGCGCACUAUCUUCGGUUGCAUGGAUAACAAAGAGUUGGUCACUCUCUUCACAGGUUAUGGCUACCAGGUGCGCAUUGUCGAGAACCUGGAUGAUAUCGAUGCAGAUCUCCACAGCUCUAUGACGUGGGCGGUUGGGGAGAUCCACAAAAUUCAGAAAGCAGCGCGCUCUGGAAAACCGAUUAUGAAGCCUAGAUGGCCAAUGCUCGUUUUGCGCACACCAAAGGGUUGGUCCGGCCCCAAAGAGCUACACGGCUCGUUCAUCGAGGGUUCUUUCCAUUCGCAUCAGGUUCCUCUUCCCAACGCAAAGAAGGAUAAGGAGGAGCUUCAAGCUCUGCAGAAAUGGCUGUCCUCGUAUAGCCCGCACGAGCUUUUCACUGAGACCGGGGAUGUCAUCGACGAUAUUAAGUCUGUGAUGCCUUCGGAUGACUAUAAAAAGCUUGGCCAGCGUGCAGAGGCCUACAAGGGAUAUGUGGCACCCAACCUCCCUGACUGGCGGGAUUUUGGCGUCGAAAAAGGCACCCAGCAGAGCGCAAUGAAGACCAUCGGAAAGCUCAUUGACCAGGUCUUUACUCAGAAUCCACACACUGUCCGAUUGUUCUCGCCAGAUGAACUGGAAAGUAACAAGUUGGAUGCAGCUCUGGCGCACACUGGAAGGAACUUCCAGUGGGAUCAGUUCUCGAACGCGAAAGGCGGCCGUGUCAUUGAAGUGCUCAGUGAACACUUGUGUCAGGGCUUCAUGCAGGGAUAUACAUUGACGGGUCGCGUGGGCAUUUUCCCAUCAUAUGAAAGCUUUUUGGGUAUUAUUCACACCAUGAUGGUGCAAUAUGCCAAGUUCAACAAGAUGGCUCAAGAAACGACCUGGCAUAAGCCGGUUAGCAGCAUCAACUAUAUUGAAACAAGCACAUGGGCUCGUCAAGAGCACAACGGAUUUUCUCACCAAAACCCGUCCUUCAUCGGUGCCGUGCUCAAAUUGAAGCCCACAGCCGCCCGCGUAUAUCUGCCCCCCGAUGCCAACACUUUCCUGACAACUGUGCACCACUGUCUCAAGUCCAAGAACUACGUCAACCUCAUGGUUGGGUCGAAGCAGCCGACUCCCGUGUACUUAAGUACUGAAGAGGCGGAGAGUCACUGUCGAGCCGGCGCAUCGAUCUGGAAAUUCUGUAGUACCGACGACGGGCUGGACCCAGACGUCGUACUGGUUGGAAUUGGUGUGGAGGUGAUGUUCGAAGUCAUCUACGCAGCAGCCAUCCUACGCAAGCGUUGUCCAGAGCUCCGGGUGCGAGUGGUCAAUGUGACCGACUUGAUGAUUCUUGAAAACCACGGACUGCAUCCACACGCUCUGACCACGGAUGCUUUCGACAGCCUGUUUGGCUCGGAUCGACCAAUCCACUUCAACUACCACGGAUACCCGGCCGAGCUGAAGGGCCUGCUGUUUGGGCGACCUCGCUUGGACCGAGUGACCGUGGAAGGAUACAUGGAGGAAGGAAGCACGACGACGCCAUUCGAUAUGAUGCUUGUGAACAGAGUGUCGCGGUUCCACGUGGCGCAGGCUGCUGUGAUCGGGGCAUCGCGGCGAAACGAAAGGGUCCAAGUGCGCCAGCAGGAACUGGUGACCGAGUUGAAUCAUAACAUUGUGGAGGCACGCAAAUACAUUCUCGCCAACCGCAAAGACCCCGACGAUACGUAUGAUACGCCCUCGUUCGAUUGAGGCACUUUGAGAAAUGACCUAUUAUUAGAGAUAGACCAGAAUCCCAAGCUGUAUUCGUU